AUGGAUGUUGCGGAGAGUCCUACUCGCAUACUGCUGACCUUCACCGGCCAGCCCUUCCUUCGAACCGCUAACGUGCAAUCGUUCCUGCACCCGCCUCCCGCCUCUGCGCCUUUGCGCCUCUAUUCUCAGCCCGUUCCGCUCGCCACCUCUGCGCCGAACAUAAUAUGGCUUCUACCUUCCGUCCCCUCUGAAUGGCCGCCCAACAUAGGCGGAAUGAGCGGCGCAGGCGGCGCGGGUUAUGAGGGCGUGGCGGCACCUCAAGUUCCCCCACCAUGCUACACGUACACGCCGCUUCCGCGCAUCGUGGAACUCCGCGCACCCCUCCCCAACUUGCCUAUGCCCGCUCAUGCCCUUCCCCAAUGGACCCCUCACAUUUCCGCGGCUGGGAACGAUCCUGCCUCAUUGCGAGCAAUCAGAAUCUGCCGCGUGGCAGGCGAUGACAGGCGGUCAUGGGGUUGUGAGUCUCGGGCAGCAGAAGCGGCCGCUGAGGCGGAAGGCGCCACGACGAGGGCGGACAAUGGGGGCAUGGCGGAAGGCAGCGGGGGGACGAACACGGAUUGGGGGGGAAAGAAGCGGCGGAGGGGGGAGAAAGAGGGAAGCAGAGGGCGCGGCGGAAAGAAACGCGCGUGGAAGGCUUCGAAGCGGUACGGAGUGCAGAGAGGGGCGGGGCGGAAAGCGCCCCAGCCGCUGGCGUUCCCAGUCAUAUGCCCGCUCUGUCCUGACGUGGUGCUGACGUCACUGCCUAUGCUACAGUCGCACAUGGCGGGACGCAAGCACCAGGCCGCCGAUGCUGGGCGCGCGCAGCGGGGGGGCGCGAGGGGGCCCGAGGCGCGGGCUGGGCAGGAGCAGGGGGGCCACGCGCAUGACAACCAGGGGCAUGGGGGGGAGGGGCAUGUGGGGGAGGGGCAUUGGGGAGAGGGGCUUGCGGAGAAGGGACAUGCUGACAGGCAUAGAGGUGAGGGGGGCAGUGGCGCAGUGAAUGGGGAAGAUGGAGAGGGGGGUGUGGGUGGCAUGGGGGGAGUGCAAGGGGAAACGGGGUUGGAGCACGGGGAACAUGGCGGGUAUGGGGGACAGGGGGGGCAUGGGGGGCAUGGCGGGUAUGGGGUGCAUGGGGUGCAUGGGGUGCAUGUGACGCGAUGGGCGUGGGGAAGGGAGUGGCAACAGGAGGAGAAACCACACGUGGGAGAGUGGCGUGAUGGGGGAGUGAAGAAAGAGCUGACGGUUGAGAUCAUCGACCUGGAGGAGGAUGAGAACGAGGAGGAGGAGGAAGUGGAGAUUUUGGAGUUGGAUGAGAGUGACAAGGACGAGGUGAAAGAGGAGGGGAGUGAUGAAUUCCCACGGCAGGGGAAGAGAGCAAGGGCCAUGGGGUGGGUGAGUGAGGGGCCACCGUUUGUGGGGGGGUGGUGUGCGGUGUGUGGCGCGACGUGUUUGAAUGAGAGCAACUACAAGUUCCACCUCAAAGGCAAACGCCACCGCUCCGCCCGCGCUGCCUCUCACACAGCCGCUGCUGCUGCGGCUGCUGCUCCUGUACCAUGA